AUGGCUCAGACAACGAACCAAGCAUGCUGCAGCAUUCCCCCCGUCCAGUCGGACUACGCACCCAAGGGAACUAUCGAGAAGCUUGGUGGGCUCGAUACCUACUCUGUCGGCCCAAAGGAUGCUACAAGGGUCAUCGUUGUAAUCUAUGACAUCUUCGGCUUUUGGCCGACAACCAAGCAGGGCGCCGAUCUCCUCGCCAAGGCCACUGGCGCUCGCGUCGUCAUGCCUGACUUCUUUCGCGGCAAGCCUUUUCCUCACGAAGAUUUUCCUCCCAGCAACGAGGAGAAGCAGAAGGAUCUCCAGGACUUCUUCGGCACUCAAGGCGACUUCGCAGCUCGCAAGCCCGAUAUUGACGCUAUCAUUCGUGCAAUUCAGGAGAGCGGCGGGAAGAAGCUGGGCCUGCUUGGUUUUUGCUGGGGCGGCAAGUUUGCUGUACUCAACGGUGGGGAAGGAACCAAGUUCUCCGCCGUCGCUCAGGUUCACCCUGCUAUGGUCAGUGCAGCAGACGCAGAGAAACUCGCCAUCCCGAUUGCCAACUUUCCAAGCAUGGACGAGCCGAAGGAAGACGUCAAGAGGUUCGAAGAGCAGGUGCAGAAGAAGGCUUUCGCUGCCAGCAGCGUGUAUAAGCUGUACCCAGACAGCCACCACGGCUGGGCCGCAGCCAGGGCUGAUCUGAAGGACGAGACCAACCUGAGGGACUACCAAGACGUCUACCAGCGUUUGGCAGACUUCUAUAACAGGACCCUUGCGUAG